CCCCAAGCCCCCCUCAGCCCCCUUUGCACUCUGCCAAUGGCACUUGUCAGCAGAUGCAUCAGCAAUGACUGAAAACACACACAGACAUACACGCAAACGCAGUGUCGUCUUAGGGACAGACGCGACCCAUGACAUGGCAUGUUCUGGUCCCCUCCUCCAUGUUAGGCAUGUAACAUUUAUACAGCAAAAUAUCAGCUAAUGUGUUUAUCUCAGAACAUAAACUCCCUGCAUAUCUGUCAAAUAGGGAGCAGUAACUCAAAUCAAUGCAGUGUGAUUAUUGCCAAUUAGAUGUAUAAUGUACAGAUAAUGAGUCCCUGUGGAUGUUUUCAGGUCUGAUUCUGCUGAUGUUUUUUUCAUGUGUGAAAUUCUGGCCCCCCUAGACAAAAUGCCCCCCCCCCCCCACCUACCCAAUUUGAAAUAUAAUUUUGCAUAUCAAAGGGCCUCUGUUACAGUUUUUCUGAACUUCUAAAAUGCAUUUCCUAAAACCUCCUCUACCUUUUCUCAAAACACUAAAGCACAAACUCUAAAAUUCAAGCUGCACCCACAAAACCAUUGACUUGUCUUGCACAAUCAAACAAUCUUCUCAAAACUGUAUUGUCUUUACUCAAAAGCAAACUCUACCAGUCUAAUCUGAUGCUGGCAUGUAGAGAAAUGUUUGCUGUGGAUGUGGUCUGUUGCAUGUUGAGCUGCAAAAUUAGAAAGCAAAAGACUAUAGUAAAAAAAAAAAAUUAUUUUCUACCAAAAUGUUUGUAUUCAAUCAUAAUAAACUGUGAUGUUUGCAGUAUUCAAUACUCCAGAAAGAUUACUGUAAAGGACAAAGUAAAACAAUCCAAAUGAAAGGUAUAUUACAGUAAAAUGUCGAGCCAGAGUCAAGGAAAAAUACUCACUCUGCCACAUCACCAUGUCUCAGGGCUGGGUCUGGACAGGGAACUUGUCUAUAUCGCAGGAAAUGCUCUCCCUUGCCGGGCAACGCAGGAAAAAUCCUCAGUGUGACCCAUUUGUACCUUGACGUCGAAAUUCAAACCACCUAUGGUACUUGCACAUUCAUCCAGCACGUAAUCUAUGUUCUAGUCAGUCUUUGGCUUCUUCUCAUGUCUAGAAACAUGUGUGAACAGUUUUGAGUCAUCGUGUUUGAAUGACGACUACUGUAUUUCGGCUGUUCUUAACUUUUGCGACCUGUUUUCUAUGUUGCGAUAAAGUUCACCACGGUACAAAAGGUGUCUUGAAAGAGAAUGUGUUUCGGAUUUUGCGAAAAGGGUGACUCAGAUCUGCAAACUGUGUCUAACUAGGUGAGCACUGCUUAAAGUUUCACCAAACGAGUGACUAAUUCAAUAAAUGAGUUUUGGCAGUUGGAAGUUUUGUUCCAAGAAUGAGAUUUAGUGUUUUAGUAAUUCAGGAAGACCAUAAGUACUAGGGUCCGGAAUAUGUCAUAGAAUCUUUGCCCCUUCAGUGCCUCUGAUGAUGCAUGUUUGUAAGUCAGAAUGUGUGUGUAGUGUUAUGUUACAGGCUUGGUUGUUGGCCUCACAGAUAACAACUGGAGAUUAAAGCUUGCUGAUUGUUGGUCAGCAUGGUGUUGCUGGCAAAGUCUAUUAAUGAAAACACUGAAAAUGAUGCGUGCAUCUUUUUUUAGGGCGUCAGCUGGUAUUGUUGCAGCUACAACAGGAGAUUAGCCGCAAGGUCAAAUCACUAAAGAUACUUGUGUUUUUGAGCAGUGUAUAAAUAGUCUUUAAACAGUCCCUGAACACUCCCGUAAACUAACUUUUCGGACUGGAAUCUCAUCUCCCCGGCCUUACUGCUGACUGAUUUUGUUCAGAGGGCCACAUGGGACAGAUCUGGGGUCAGGACGUGAGAAAGGCAUGAAAAAGUAGGUCCACCUAUGCCUGCUUCUGCUUCAGCAGAGGGACGCGUUGGCAGAAAAACAUGCCAGCCUUUCUGCUGCUGAACAGACACCUCUAACGUUUUUUUGCCUCUUUUUAUAAACACUCAUAUAUCCUGCAUGGUUUAUAUGCAGCUAUUUUUUGUGUUUUUUUCCAUGGUUCAGUAGCAAAAAUAGGGCCUGAUAUAUGUAUAACAACCAGGAAAUGCAAACAAAAAGAAUUUAUUCUAUAAAAUAUAGAAAACCAGUUGAACUACAUCACUAUCGCUGAAGGCUAUUAUUGACUGCUGGGGGGGGAUUUUGAUGCUUAGCACUACAAAUAGUAUCCCAGCUACAUGUCGUACAAAAUCGGAGGGCCCAAAGCCAUACAGAAUGAAAAGGGUAAAUAUUAAGCAAGUAGGUUCACAUUUAGCACUUUCAGCUCUAACAUAGCAAUUUUCCCUGAGCGCGUGCAUAUAUGGGCACACAAGCCGGCACUGGAGAUUCAGUACAUGAAAACACUGAAAACAGAACACGCUUGGCAUUCUGGGCCUUCUGAGUAAUACGCGGUAGAGUGCUGCCUUUGUUUUGUUAGGUCAGUCUUAGAAGGUCACCCAUGCAUUGGCUCGUCCUAUUGCGACGCCUUACUCUGAGGAACAGAAUCUUGCAGACGAUAUUAUCCUCUCAUUAACCUGGCGAGCUUUAGGCCCUGUUGGUGAUUAUCUUUGACUUCCGUAGGUAAAAGACUUGUCAAGGGGAGACCUACCUUCAUCAUUCGGUUCCUCGGUGGCCUGUUUUUUUUUCCUGCUCUGCCUUGUCUCCGGUCUCCCCAUUAAAUUCUCCAUCUCAUUCGUCCGGCGCUCAUCCCCCUCCCCCCAGUCUCUGUGCCUCAUUCCCCCAUUUUCCUGCCACGAUCAGACCCAGUCCUGGAGCUCUGAGGUUGAAUGCAGUGGCUCAUUGGACAUGCCAUUCCCGUCUCCCUUCUCUUCAGGCGCUCCCCAAGGGAGAGGCAGUCUCAUAUCCCACGGUGGGGGCAGCCUAGAAGGGUAAUGAAUAAGUAAACAAGGCCGACGCCGUCUGUCACGCAGCCUAGAUGGGCUUCCCCCUCACUCCGGGCAGAAUGUUCCGGGCUGGAGCUCCUCUGUUCCUUUGGCUAUCGUGGUGGCACUAUCACCCGUGUCUGACCUUUCUGCAAGGUGACUCGAUGCCAAAGGGGAUGCUGGGGUGGACAUGGCUGCUGUUUAGCAGCAUACAGUGUUCAGUGAGGUCAGGCACCGGAGGGGGUCUAAGGACGCAAGAUUAAUUUGGUGAGGUCACAGCAGAGCGAGAGCAGAGCAAGGACGUGGUCAUGCUUAUGUGACAGAAGGCUGGGAAACUGGGUUUGGGUGAUAGUAUCAAAAGGCUUCACCUAUCCAUGGUACUGUCAUGGGUGUGGAUGCUUCACAUUGAGGCAGAACCCUAACAUACUCAUUUCCCCCAGGCACCCCAGUUUUCCAAAAUUAAAUCCUUAACUUAUCUCUGUGCACACACUUUACAACCCCACCUACCAAGUUCUAACCAAAUGAAGAUGAAUAGCAGAUUGUCAACCCAUCAGUUACAUUAAUUUACCUCUUCCACUUAAAAUCGAUCUAAUGACGCUCAUGAUAACUAACAUCUCAUGCACAGACCACACAGAAACAUUUCGAUUAUUGAAAUAUGUCACCGGCAUAAAUAACCAUGUAAUACCACAGAUUAUGGACAAUUAAGUCCUCGUGCUAUUAUUUAACCGACAAUAAGCGGCUCAGCUCCAUGAUUGGCUGCAAACACAACAAAUAGCAGUCAUUAUAAAAAUUCCACUAUUUCAUAUUAUUCAACUGGAUACUAGAAUAGCGUGCGAAAUGCGUGGAGGAGCCUCGUGCUUACGAUGCAUCUUGGCUCGCGUCGGCGCAAAGUGAGGGAGGACGGCGCGACAGCCGCCGAACUCGCGCACACACAGACAGCACGCUCGCGCAGUCGGGUUGCCGCUUCUCGCCGACUGGACCUCCCGCGUGCCCAGUCAGCGAGCGGUGGCCGAAGCUCGGCCGAACAGCAUAAAUCAAGGGAUCGCUUGGAGUAAAUCGAGCGGACGGGACGACUGUCGCACGAGAAGUCUCGAUCUUUUCUUUUGCAUGAAUGGACAGGGAGAAAGGGAACGUGCGCUUCAAACCUGGCUUCUCCUUUCCUCGAGUUUGAGCAUAUUUCUUUUGACAGGACGUGUUCACCAGCCCUGGAUCGGAACCUGCCACCGGACAGCUCACCCUACAGCGGCACCGCUGCCACGGGUGCCAUGACCCAGGAGACGCGUGAUGCCGUGCCGCCCACGGAUGAGCCCUCGCGGACCACGGUCGACGGGGCGGCAGGCGGCGGCGAGGAGCUGGAGGUGUCAGCGGAGAGGAUGUGCGUCACAGAUGGGAAUGAUGUGGUUGCCCUUGUGGAAGGCGGACCAAGGGAUGACGACGGCGGACCUGCGCAGGAAGUGCACCAAGAGACCUUGCACAUGUGUGACCGUGGCCUGAGAGAUCCUGAUAGCAGGGAGAAGAACGGGGAUGUGGAGGAGAACGAGGAGGAGGAUGAGGAGGAGGAGUGCCAGGUGAACGGGGCGCAGGAUAGCCAGGACAGUUUCAGCUCGCGCUUCGAGUGCAUUGUGGAGGAGGUGGACCUGGAGGUGCUGGAGGAGGACGAGGGAGAGGCGGAGAACCGGGACGGCUUCAGCUCCACAUUCGAGCGCAUCGUGGAGCAGGUGCGGCUGGAGGUGGAGGCAGAGGAUGGGGAGGACGAGAAGGAGGAGGCACGGGAGAACCAGGACGGCUUCAGUUCCACAUUCGAGCGCAUCGUGGAGUCCGAGCUGCUCCGGGGGACCUGCUACAGCAGCUUGGACUCACUGGACGUGCUGUCGCUGACGGACGAAACGGACAGCUGCGUCAGCUUCGAGGCGCCCCUCACCCCGCUCAUCCAGCAGAGGGCACGGGAGGCCCCAGAGCUAGCAGAGCCGCUGGAGCUCGCCACAGUGGUGGAGCAGGAGGGACCAGAGGCCGGGAUGGAAGCCGGCCCGGAUGAAGGGCGGGGCCACGCGGAUAACACGGGCAGCCCGCUCCGGAACUCCAUCACUAGCAGCCGGUCAGAGAACGUGCUGAGCCGCUCAGCGUUCCGCACCCUACCUAAUGGGUUCCACAUGGAUCCCCACGGGCCGGUGGACAGCGCCAGCAUCUUUCCUAACUCCGUGAGUGACGCCAACCUCACGGACGUCCUGUCGGACUCGGAUGUGGAGCUGGGCAGCUUCGAGCAGCUGGAGCAGGGCAGCACGGACACGCUGGCCAACGGCUGCCGGGCGGACGCCGAGGCCGCCAAGCGCCUGGCCAAGCGUCUCUUCCACCUGGAGGGCUUCAAGCGUUGCGACGUGGCCCGUCACUUGGGCAAGAAUAACGAGUUCAGCCAGCUGGUGGCGGCAGAGUACCUGCGUUUCUUCGACUUCACGGGGAUGGCCCUGGACAAGGCCCUUCGAACAUUCCUGAAGGCCUUUCCGCUGAUGGGUGAGACGCAGGAAAGGGAGCGGAUUCUGAUUCACUUCUCCAAGAGGUUCUGUUACUGCAACCCUGAGACACUGACGUCCGAAGACGGCGUGCACACGCUGACCUGUGCCCUCAUGCUGCUCAACACAGAUCUGCACGGCCAUGUGAAUAUCGGGAAGAAGAUGUCUUGCCAACAGUUCAUUAGUAACUUGGACGGCCUGAACGAUGGUGCUGAUUUUCCGAAGGAUUUAUUAAAGAUCCUGUACAGUUCAAUAAAGAAUGAAAAAUUGGAGUGGGCGAUUGAGGAAGAGGAGCUGCGGAAGUCCCUGUCUGAGCUGGUGGAGGAGCAGUGUGACUGCGGAGGUAAGCGGGUGGCACGGGUCACAGACGGCAACAAUCCUUUCAUCGCCAUCCCGCUCCUCCUGAACGCCGUUACCUACAAGCACGGUGUCCUAACCCGCAAGAGUCACGCUGACAUGGACGGCAAGCGCACUCCAAGAGGUCGCAGAGGCUGGAAGAAGUUCUACGCUGUGCUAAAAGGCACGAUCCUCUACCUGCAGAAGGAUGAGUACAAACCAGACAAGGAUCUGUCUGAGGUCGAUCUGAAAAACGCAGUACGGAUUCACCACGCCCUCGCCACCAGAGCCAGCGACUACAGCAAGAAGCCCAAUGUGCUCAAACUCAAGACCUCAGACUGGAGAGUGUUCCUGUUCCAGGCCCCGAGCGAAGAGGAGAUGAUGUCGUGGAUUUUGCGCAUUAACUUGGUGGCGGCGCUGUUCUCAGCCCCCGCCUUUCCCGCUGCCAUCGGCUCCAUGAAGAAGUUCUGUAGACCUCUGCUGCCGUCGUCCUCGACCAGACUGAGCCAGGAGGAACAGCUGAGGUCCCAUGAGACCAAGCUGAAGCAGAUCACCUUGGAGGUGGAGGAGCACAGCAGGAAUCCUCCGGACCUCACUCUGAAGACCAAGGAGUCGGAGGAGUACAGGCUGAAGGAGCACUAUCUCACAUUCGAAAAAAGUCGGUACGAGACGUACGUCACCCUGCUGCAGACCAAACUGAGGGCAGCCAGCGACGACCUGGACAAGAUCGAGGCUUACAUCCUGAGCGGCGAGGCCCCAGACGGGUACCUGCGUAAGACCCAGUCCAGCCCGGCCCUCAGCCACGGGCGCGGCUCCAACGGGCGGGCAGAGGGCAAGAGCAGCCUGGCUGACCAGGAGCAGCGGAGCUGAGACUGCAGGACUGCACAUCCUAAAACAGUGUUUCCCAAUCCGGUCCUCGAGGACCCGCAGACAGUCCACGUUUUUUGCUCCCUCCCAGCUCCCGGUAGGAAGCAAAAAUGUAGACUGGCAGGGAGCUGGAAGGGAGCAAAAACAAGGGGGGACCCCGGGAACUUGGCUGGGAAACACUGGUGUAGAGUAUUAUUAUGACUGCUAUCAUUAGUUUCUUCAUUAUGAUUAUUAUUAUUGUUGUUAUUAAUAUCAUGUACAUAUAUAUUGUGCCAAAAAUGAAAAAAGAAGAAGAAAUAAAGCCUAAAGCUGUAUCCGGUGACAAGGGACGGCCAGUGCGAAGGAGGACAAGGUGCUGUGCGCAGGUGUGCGCAGCUGUGCCAUCAGGCUGAACACUGUGCCUGCAACUGCGCGCUUAUGCAAUCGCGUGCGCUCACUUCGGGGCGACAUGCGUGGCUGACAGGCGUGCAGCUUGCAGUGCGUCAUAAAGGGCUAAACUGCAUACGGCUCGGGAUGAGCGCGACUCACAUGAAGGGAGCGCACCCUGUCCUGGCUGCCGCUGUCUCUGCAGUGCAAUACCCAAGCAGUACCAGCAGAAGGCAGCGCCGAGGUGUUGUUGUUUUUUUUUCUUGUACCCUAAUCAUUGCACUUGAUUGGGUUUAAGGAUUAAGCGAGUGGAUGUGGCGUUUAGUGUUGAUCAUAUCCGCAGCAUUUGGGUGCGGGACUUUGCUAAAAAGCCAGCCGCAGUGGGAGGAAUUCCUGCACUUUGUGGAUAUGUGGUUCGAGUGUGAGGCCUGACUGGUAGAUGUGCAUAUAGAGGGACGAGUGAGGCAUGGAUGUGCUUCUGACAGACAGGGCAACGCACAGAGCAUGGUCCGCCUCUGCCACACGUUUCAGAUCCCAGGCAACAUGCGACUGGGUUCCUGAGUUCCUUCCUCUCGUCUUAACGUGGUUCUCGGAGGCCUUGUUCACACACGGGGUCGCCAGCUGACGUGAAACUGACGGCUCACAGAGAGGUGUACGUGCAGAAAGAGAGACCAUGCUUCUCUCGGAUUCAAGAGAAGACAGGAUGUAGUGGAGGUGUGAGGCGUCCGAUACAGCUGCUGUCUCAUCGCUUCCACCGGGCGCAGUGUCCAGCGCAGUGUCCAGCGCAGUGUCCAGCAUGCCGUACACAGGACGGAGACCCUGCCAGACUCCGCGUGCUGCUGGAGACCAUGCUGGCCUCGGUAUUUUGCCAGGCUUCCCUGGAAUGAACUGUUGAACAUUUUAUACCUUCAUAAUAACCUUUCAUAUUCUGAGAGUCACAUGUUGUUCCCUGCUCUAGUGCUGGCCUUUGUUUUCCAGAUGUUUUAGAUGAGUGAUGUUAUAUAGAAUUGUGGCAUUAAUUUAAAAUGUUUCCCCCCUUAAGGAAUCCCCAAUACCAUUAAAUUGGGUUUGCCUUUUGACGGUUUUUUUUUUGUAUAUAAAAAACUUUACAAAAAUUUAA